UCACCAAAGUUUCACAUCGACCCACUUACAGGAGUCAUCCGGUCGAUGAUGACGUUCUCACUUGACAAUGGAAGGGCAUUUGAGUUUGAUGUAAAGGCUACAGAUAGAGAGGGCAGUGAAACGGGUCAUUCGGCCUUGACCAAUGUCAUCAUAUAUGUUUUACCUGAAACCAAGCUGAUCAUGAUUGUCAGUCACAUGCGCCCUCUGGUGAUGGAACAGAAUAUAGACGAGGUGCUAGGUUACCUAUCAAACACCACUGGCUACAAAAUACAAAUGGCGAAGCUUCAAUCCCAUCAUGAGGGAGAAGAAGAAGAAGAUCCAGAAUCAACGGAUCUUUUUCUUUACGGAAUUGAAAGAGAAACGAACAAAAUAGUAAACACGGAGUCACUGUUAAAGCUUUUUAUCAAGAAGUCGGACGCUAUCAGCGAAGACUUGGCACAAUUCCGCAUUCGGAAGAUACAGGGAGUAUCUGUUCAAGAAAAAAUCAGCCACAUGGGAACCACCGAAAUCGCCAUCAUUGCACUGAGCAGUGUCAUUUUCCUAGGUGGCGUCUUGGGGAUUGCUUUGCUCUGUUCUACCUGCAAGAAGCGGAAAACGAAACAACAACAGGAAAAAUGGGAACAACAAAGAGUGUACAGUGUUCGGAACCCUUUAAUAGAUAGAACUGUGGGUCCGCCCUACGAGCGAAGAGUUGCUAACGGCAUCGUAGUUCUCCAUCCGCCUUCUUAUAGCAAUGCCACUUCCAACACGGAAUUUAUUUACAGUCGUGUAGACCAAAAUUCCAUCCUGAAGGGCAAUAAAAGUUCACGACAACAUGUACCACCAGAUGGCGCUUCAUCUCCCACUCGAUCUAAAAGCCCCAAAUCUGAUGGAUUUAUCAAGAAAAACUGCCAAUGGGAAGACCAGAAAGAUGAAAUCGACUCUUUCGGAACGAGAUUUUCUCGUGCCUCUAGGUUCGACAGCUGGUCCUCCAGGCACACCAAGCGGUCCAGACCCAACUCAAGCACAGAAAUAUAACUUUUCUCAAUGCCACCGAAGAACAACCAAAUUAAAAAUAUCCAAUGUAUAUUACUGGCAUUAUACCUUAUUAGCUUAUGUGUCUGGGUGUUCUUUUGUUAGAAGUACUUGACAAUCUCAUAUAUGAUGAAGUACUUAAAUUUUUUUUAUCAUACGCUGGAAGUUCAAUCUUUACAUCACGUACAGAAACUUAUCACAAGUUGUUAUACAUUUUUCAAUGUAAUAAUCUUACAAGUUAGCUUUUUUUUUACUAAAAAAAAAUCUUUGAUUUAAUGCUUAUUUAAGGGAACGCCAGUUAUUUGUCUGUUUACGAUUUGUUUAAAUCACUUUGUAUGGUUGAACACUAGAUGGCGCUUUUGAAAGGGUCAGUAUGUAUACUUUGUACUAAUAAAUGAGAGAAAAAAAUUCAAUCGACAGUGAAUGCUCGUAAUAGUCGGUAACGGGUAGUUUUUGUUUUUUAAAUAAAACUAACAAGUGUCACUUUAGAAGCCGAAAAUGUGCAAAUAAUUACGAUAAAGAUAUAUUUCACACUGUGUAGGUACGACAGACUUUAAGGUUGUUAAGCUUUCAUUUUGCAUCAUGUUUUUGUAAAUAUAUAUAUAUCAAUUUAAGGCAGUUGUUUGGCACUAACUUAUUUCUAUAACAGACUUUACGUUAUAAAGCUUAAGUAAGGCUACGUUGGCGUUACGAAAAUAUAUAUUUAUUUCAGUAAAGUUCAGUGUUAUUCAUCUGUAUUCAUGAAAACAAGGGUCUAUUUCAGUUAGUGCUUGAGAUGAUACAAAAAAAAAUAACACGAGGUAAAUGCGAUUUAACCCGUGUUUAACACACGGCAAAUGUAAAAAUAUGUGAUUAAUAUUCAAAUACUGUCAAAUGAUCCUCAUUCAGACUUGUAAACACAUUUCGUUUCUCACCGAUUAGAUAGUUUGUAACUGUUACUAGCUAAUAGAUGUUAAACAGGUAACUGAUAUCUUAUUAUAUAUGUGUGUGUGUGUGUACAUAUGUGA